CUAGCAGCUCGCUGGUUACGCAGUAGCGGUUAGUCGUCUGGCUGGCUGCUAGUUACCGUCGGACCAAUGCCUUAGAACCCGCUCCACGUCCGCCCCGCUCUCCCCCUGAAUGCGGCGGGACGCCCCUCGUCUCUCGGACCAUCGCUUUCCGUCGGCGGGCACAUUUUAGUCGAGCUAUCGGCGCUGCGCCUCCCGGCCCCCGGCUCCCCGGUCCUCCGCUCCCCGGUCCCAGCCUGCUAGCCUGGGAUGCUACCGCCGGAGAGCCAGGCGGCUCUGGAAGUGUGGAAUGUUGGAAAAGGCUUGAUCAAGUGAUGUUACACAGAGAACAGCAGUCAGCAACAGCAGCCUAGACGGUGCAUGGCGGCGGCGGCCCUGCGGUGAGCAGCCAGACAGCGUCCGGCGGCGGCGGCGGCGGCAGCAUGGCGGCCAUGGCGCCGCGGCACCGGAACUCGGUGCGGAUCCUGUCCAGCCGGGAGCGAGGAUCCCAGACCUCCGGAUCCCAGCGGCUCCUCCAGCUGCUGGUGGAGGAGAAGGUCCGCUGGAUGAAGUGGCAGAGCCAGAAAGUGGAGCUGCCGGACAGCCCCCGCUCCACCUUCCUGCUGGCCUUCAGCCCCGACAGGACCCUCAUGGCGUCCACUCACGUCAACCACAACAUCUACAUCACGGAGGUGAAGACCGGGAAGUGCCUGCACUCGCUGGUGGGCCACCGCCGGACCCCCUGGUGUGUGACCUUUCACCCCACCAUCCCCGGCCUGGUGGCCUCGGGUUGCCUUGACGGGGAAGUCCGGAUCUGGGACCUUCAUGGUGGCAGUGAGAGCUGGUUCACCGACAGUAACGUGGCGGUGGCGUCGCUGGCGUUCCACCCGACGGCGCAGCUGCUGCUCAUCGCCACCAACAACGAGCUGCACUUCUGGGACUGGAGCCGGCCGGAGCCGUUCGCCGUGGUCAAGACGGGCAGCGACACGGAGCGCGUGCGGCUGGUGCGCUUCGACCCGCUGGGCCACAACCUGCUGACCGCCAUCGUCAACCCGUCCAACCAGCAGAGCGACGAGGACUCGGAGGUUCCCAUGGACAGUGUGGAGAUGCCUCAUUUCCGCCAGCGCUCCUUCUUGCCUUCGCAGCCGGUCCGCCGCACGCCCAUCCUCCACAACUUCCUGCACAUCCUGUCCCGCUCGCCGGGCGCCGCCGCCGAGCCGCCGCGGCCGCUGUCGGACGGCGGGGGCGGGGCGGCGGCGGAGGGCCCCGGCGUGCCGCUGGCGCCGUACGGCGGCGUAGAGCGCGCGGCGCCGUUCCCCGGCUGCACGCAGCACCUGGGCAUGGUGUGCCUGUGCGGCCGCUGCUCCGCGGCGCGCGUCUCCUCCCUCGCCGCCGACGGCCCUCCGGCGGCGGCGCCCGACGCCCCGCAGCCACCGCAGCCCGCCCCCACCUUCGGCUCCGCCCGCACGGAGCCCCGGCCGCCGUCGGAGCGGGCGUCGGCCUUCACCUCGGUGUACUACAGCGCCGGGGCGUCGCUGAACGCGGCGGCGGCGGCGGCGAGCGUCCUGGAGCCGCACCCCGCCAACAGACCCGGACCCGACUGGACCCGGAACCUGCUGGGCGUGCGGGACGGCGGCGGCGUGCUGCCGCCCCGCACCUCCUCCUCCUCCUCCAUCAGCCUGCUGUCGGUGCUCCGGCAGCAGGACGGCUCCGCCCACUCCCCCGUCUACACCUCCGCCUCGGACAGCCGCGGCUUCCCGCCGCCGCCGGGCGAGGCGGGCGCCCGGGACGCGGCGGGCACCAGCAGCGGGCACCACCCGUUCUGGGACGGCGCCCGCGGGAGCUCCGCCUCCUUCCGGAACGUGCUGCAGUGCAACCUGAGCCGCUACUUCAUGGAGUUCGACCGCAUGCAGGAGCUGGAGCCGCCGCUGGGCGGCGCCGAGCCGGGCCCGGAGCUGCUCAACAACAACCUGGACCCGGACCGGGCCGGGCCCGGGCCGUCCCCCUCCCCCGCCAUCAUCCACUACCAGCCCCCCCUCCCGCCGCCGCCGUCCGCCCACAGCCUGGAGAACAACGUGCCGCCGGCGCCGCCGGCCGGCCGCGGCCACCUGAACCGCUGCCGCGCCUGCCACAACCUGCUCACCUUCAACCACGACUCGCAGCGCUGGGAGCGCACCAGCCAGGCCUCGUCCACCUCGGCCGGCCCCCCCCUGGAGCCGCCGCCCCCGCCCCCCGCCCCGUCCUCGUCCUCCUGGCUCGCCGAGGACCGGAGGACCCUGGAGGCGGAGAGACGGGCGGGCCCGGAGCCCGGCGAGCGGCCGCCCCCUCCCGGGGGGGGCGCGGUGGCGUUCCCCAUCGCCCCGCCCCCCGGCGGGCCGGGCGAGCAGACGGUGGGGCUGGUGUACAACCAGGACACGGCGCAGUGGGAGCGGGUGUACCGCCAGGCCGCCGCCGCCGCCGCCGCCGGGCGCGCCGGCGAGCCACCGGAGGCCUUAAGCCAAGAAAUGCCUGUAGACCCCCCCGACGAGGACUCGCUGAGGAGGAGACUUUUAGAGUCGUCUCUGUUGUCGUUGUCUCGCUACGACGUGUCGGGAUCCAGAGACCACCCCAUCUACCCCGACCCUGCCCGCCUGUCUCCAGCGGCCUACUACGCCCAGAGGAUGAUCCAGUACCUGUCCCGGCGGGACAGCAUCCGCCAGCGCUCCCUGCGGUACCAGCAGAACCGGCUGCGGGUCAUGUCCUCGUCCUCCGACGGCCCGGCCGGCGCCGCCCCCGGCUCCGUGGACGGAGGCGACGUGGACUUCGAGGAGCUGGAUGACGGCGGAGAACGGGCGAGACACAGGACGACCCGCAACGCCAGGAUGUCGGCGCCGUCUCUGGGCCGCUUCGUGCCUCGACGCUUCCUGCUGCCUGAGUACCUGCCCUACGCCGGAAUCUUCCACGAGAGAGGACAGCCCGGCCUCGCCACACACUCCUCCGUCAACAGAGUGCUGGCUGGAGCGUCCAUCGGAGACGGCCAGUCGGCUGUAGCCAGUAACAUCGCCAACACCACCUACCGGCUGCAGUGGUGGGACUUCACCAAGUUCGACCUGCCAGAGAUCAGCAACGCCUCGGUGAACGUCCUGGUGCCAAACUGUAAGAUCUACAACGACGCCAGCUGCGACAUCUCCGCGGACGGUCAGCUGCUGGCCGUCUUCAUUCCCAGCAGCCAGCGGGGUUUCCCCGACGAGGGCAUCCUGGCCAUCUACUCGCUGGCGGCGCACAACCUGGGCGAGAUGCUGUACACCAAGAGAUUCGGUCCCAACGCCAUCUCCGUCAGCCUGUCCCCGCUGGGCUGCUACGUCAUGGUGGGCCUGGCGUCGCGCCGCAUCCUGCUGCACCCCACCACCGACCACAUGGUGGCGCAAGUCUUCCGCCUGCAGCAGCCGCACGGGGGGGAGACCUCCAUCAGGAUGGUGUUCAACGUGGUGUACCCCAUGGCGCCCGACCAGCGGCGCCACGUCAGCAUCAACUCCGCCCGCUGGCUGCCCGACCCCGGCAUGGGCCUGGCCUACGGGACCAACAAGGGGGACCUGGUCAUCUGCAGGCCUGUGUUCUACCGCAGUGACGGGGACAGUCCCGGCGACUCCACCGCUGAGCCCCUGUUCUCCGGCGGGCCCGGCGGCAGCAGCCGGACUCGCGGUUCGGACCGCCCGGGGCCCAGCCGGUCCGGGUGGAGGCUGGACAGAGACAUGGGGCUGAUGAACGCCAUUGGUCUGCAGCCCAGAAACCCCGCCCCCUCCGUGACGUCACAGGGGACGCAGACGCCCGUCGUCCAGCUGCAGAACGCCGAGACGCAGACGGAGCGCGAGCUGCCGGAGGCGGGCGCAUCCCGGCUGCCGCCGCCGCCCGACCCUCCUGAGGCUCCGCCCACCAGCGAGGCGUUGCCGAGCAGCAGUGGCGCUCUGGACGGAGGAACGUCGACUGAGAGCAUCGCCUCAGCAGCAGGGGCAGGCGAGGGUUCGGACCCGGGCUCCGGGGAGGACGCGCUGGCGCGGAUCCGGCGGCUGAUCGCGGAGGGCGGCAUGACGGCGGUGGUGCAGCGCGAGCAGAGCACCACCAUGGCGUCCAUGGGCGGCUUCGGCAACAACAUCAUCGUGAGCCACCGCAUCCACCGCGGCUCGCAGACCCGGGCCGCCGCCGCCGCCGCCGAGGCCCCGCCCCCGGCCUUCCCCCGCCCCCCGCCCCCGGCCGGCGCCGGCUGGGACCCCCGGGGUCUGCCGGGGCCGCCCCCGCCCGGCCUCCCUCUGGAGAUGGACGACGUGUUCGAGGCGGGGCGGCCGGACGCCGAGCCGCCGCCAGGCCCCGCCCCCUCCUCCAACACCCUGCCUGCUGGGGGCAGGGAUAAUGGUUACCACGGUGACCCCUACAGCAGGUAGUGGUCCUGCAGGCGGAGCGAUCCCGAGCGCUACAAAGCCUUACCCCACACACACACACACACACACACACACACACACACACACACACACACACACAGGUGCUGCUGCUUGGCCCCACACUGGGUCUCCCACCUGGAGCUGAAGAUAAGCCCCGCCCCUUUCUCCAGUGGAACCCUCAUUCCUCGUCAGUAAGGGCUGGGGCGGAGGGGGCGGAGCCUCGCCGUGGGUCAUGUGACCAUGAACUGCGUACUGAAAGUGUUUCUACUCUUAUUUUGAAAGCCAUCGGUUGUUUUUUUUAACCUGGAGGUCGUCUGGCGGCGCCGUGACCGAAGGAGCAGGCGAGACUGAACCCGCCGCCGCGCUGCCGUGUGAUUGGUGCUGAGUGAGGCUGAGGUGGCCGUGUGCUUGUGCUGAAGCGUCCAAUCACUGAGCCCCGAGCCCGCCUUGUCUUUGUGUUUUAGUGAGCGACCUUGGUUUUUUUUUCACGGCGGCGCCUUGAGUUGACUUAUUUCGACGGCGUGUCGACCUGCAGCGAGCCGGAGCGCCCGGCGGGGAGGGGCGGGGCCAGGCGGGGGCGGGGCCCGGCGAGCUGGAGCUCAGGGACUCGACCUGUUAUCACAAAGCAGUGAAACACUGAGUGGCAGGGGUUCAUGUCCCUGCAGAGCAUCAUGGGUAGUUUCUUCCUCUUCAGUCGAUUCGGUUUCACAGGUCAGGAUCAAUGUUCCUCUAAAGGUUGAAAAUGAAAAGCAGUGUGUGAGACUGCACACACACACACACACACACCCUUGCUUUUUAAUGUUUAUUUAAAACCUGUAGAGCAUCAUGGGAACCGAAUGGUUGGGCCGGCGGCGGCGCCGCCCUGCAGGUCGACGGCGGUGGUUUAGCUGUACUUGUGAGGACAGCAAGAGAAACGCUGGUGUGUGUGUACAAGCGGAGUGAACGACCAAAAGGAAACGUCGUGGAGACCGUGUGUGUGUGUGUGUGUGUGUGUGUGUGUGUGUGUGUGUGUGUGUGUGUGUGGCUGCUGAUGUGAGUUUGAAAGGAAGGAGGAGGAGCCUGACAGUCAGAGGCUCCGCCCACAGGGUCCUGAAGCUGGUGUGGGAUCAGUGCUAACGCUAGCUGUGAGGCUAGCCCUCCUGUUAGCUGGCCCCGCCCCCUUCAUCUGGCCCCUCCUCCACCCACCUCCCAUUGCCUGGCCCCACCCCCUUUCAGCUGGCCCCGCCCCCAGCAGCUGACAGGAAGUUGAACUCAGGACUGGCGUUGAGGCUGUGACACUGAACUCUGUACUACUGCACACCUUCUCUCAGUCAGUCACACAGGAGCCACGUUCCUCGCCUCACAUCUGGAGAACAUCUGGAGAACGUCUGGAGAACAUCUGGAGAACGUCUGGAGAACGUCUGGAGAACAUCUGGAGAACAUCUGGAGAACGUCUGGAGAACAUCUGGAGAACGUCUGGAGAACGUCUGGAGAACGUCUGGAGAACGUCUGUACAGCUCGGUGGAACAGUGGAGGUUCUGCAGAUGUUCUCUACAAUUUACCAGGAAGCAAAGUUUCAUCUGGAGAGUAGCAGCUACACCUCCUCCUGAGUGAGUGAGUGUGUGUGUGUGUGUGUGAGUGAGUGUGUGUGUGUGUGUUACCGUGACGACCUGAACGCUCCUCCUGGAUCUACUUGAUGAACAUGAUGCAGCUGUUAGUGUCUGUGAAGGAACCCGAGGAACCACCAGGAGCUCCUGCUGCUCCUGCCGCUGUUACUCCCCCCCCCCCCCCCCCCCCCGCUCUUCCAGAGGCCUGCUUCUCCUCCUCAUCCUCUUCUUCUUUCUCCUCCUCCUCCUCUUCCUCCCCCUCCCCCUCCUCCUGCUCUUCCUCUUCCUCCUCUUCCUCCUCCUCCUCCGUCAGACUGGACUUUGUACAGUUCUGCUGUUUUGACUUUUCGAUGUCAUUAAAAAGCUUUCAGAGGUU